CGAGGCAUCCCCAGCCAUGGCUCCUGUACAGUCUGCCGAACUAAUAAAGACCUUUCAAGGACACACUGAGAAGGCAGCCAGCCAUCUGCAAGACAAGGAGAGAGUCCUCAGCAGAAACCAGUCCUGCAGACUCCUUGAUCUUGGACUUCCAGCCACUGGAACUACCAGCAGUCAGUUGCAAUCUGGAAGUUGCAGUCUUAACUACUCUGAAGCUGAAUUAAAGAGAAGUAAAACCAUAAUGAGCAGCCAAGAGGAUGUCCCCAGGGGUCCGGAUGACAGAAUGAAGCACGCAUAUUGGGGAGAUGGUCAGAACAGGCACCUGGGCCCCUGUGGGGUCAAGGGCUCUGCUCUCCCCUACAUGGGAGCUCUGCAGGCUGUUCUCCCCCCUGCACAGGGAGCUUGUGUUUGCAAUCUGUCUCCCUCCUGGGCCUGCCCAACGCUGUCUUGACCAACAGUCUCCAUCAGCAGGAUCCUUUUUGUUCUCUCUUUCUUCUUCCAUUUAUCCACAAGCCUUGCUGAGAGCCCACAUUAUGCGCAGCUGCCAAGAGUCCAAACCCCAUCCUCCAAGGUUGGUGGUGCAGGAGAAUUACCGCGUGGGUAAAGGAGACUGGACUCCGUGGGUCCUGCUCUUGUCCCUGGAGAUUCAGCUUCCCCAGUGGCUCCUCUCCCUGAUUCUGAUUGCCAUCUCCAGCCUUGACGUCCCUAUUUCUGGGGUCCUUCCAUCUAUGUUUACAGGCACUGCAGUCUGAAAACAGCUCCCAGAGUGACCCUAACUCAGAUCAUGGCGCCCUCUUGUCCAAAAUCUUUUCAGUGUUUUCCCAAAUCACUCAGGAGCUUACAAGACCCUACCAAGACUGGCUCCCCUGUUCUCGGCUGGUCUCAUCUUCUCUGAUUCUCUCUCUUCUAUCUCGGGUACUAACACACUGGCAGCCUUUCUGAGCUGGAUGCUGCCUUACAUCCCUUGGAUACUCUGAGCAUGCCCUGACUUGGGCCUUCUGCACUUGCUAUUCACUGCCUGCAAUGUCAUUGGCCAGUCAGCCACACGACCCACUCCCUCACUUCCUUUGGGUCUUUGCUCAAGCUCACAUUCUCAGUGAGGCCUUUUCUGACCUCCAGUGUUUAAAAUCUCACCCCUUAUCACAGACAGCCCCAAUCCCCUUCCCUACUUUAUUUUCCCCAUUAUUCUCCUUACCAUCUGACAUACCACAUAUUUAUUUCUUCUUUGCCUCCCCCUACUAGAAGGUAAGCUCCAAGAGGGUGGGAGUUUUUCUGCUUUGUUGCACUGUCACCAGCACCCAGAGCAUCGUGUCUGCCAUUUGUUGAAUGAAUAUGCUCAAAGUACAGCUAGUGAAUUAGAAAAUGAACCCGUGAUGAGGAGUAAUUACAAAAAAAGAUUCAUGUGUUCUUUCCUAAGUGACUCAUUUGUUCUUUAAAGACGGUCAUGUGCUGCAUAAUGACAUUUUGGUCAAUAACAGACUGCAGAUAUGAUGGUGGUUCCAUAAGAUUAUAAUGUGGUAUUUUUACUGUAUUUUUUCUAUGUUUAGCUUCACAAAUGCUUACCAUUGUGUUACAAUUGCCCACAGUAUUCAGUACAGUCACAGGCUGUAUGGGUUUGUAGUCUAGGAGCAAUAAGCUAUACCAUAGAGCCUACGUGUGUCGUAGGCCAUACCAUCUAGGUUUGUGUAAGUGCACUCCAUGAUGUUUGCACAACAUCAUCUAAUGAUGCAUUUCUCUGAGGCAAUGCAUGACUGUAUCCAAAGCUGAAAACGAGUUUGUUGCCCUCCCCACUCUGGGAAUGGAUAAUUCCUACAGUACCUGUAUUAGGCCCACCCUGUUCACCUCAUUCUUCUUCCUCGGUUCUGAUGACAAAUGGUUUCCAACUCACAGCUGUGGACCUAUGAAACACUUGCAUGGCUUUCUGUAAGGCUGGGCAAGUCAGCGAAGGUGAAAUGUAAAGCCCACUCCCUACAAAGGACUAGUAUUCACUCACCUUUCUCACCCCCAGUUACUGAUAUAGUUUAACAAAUAGCUAUGAUUAUCUCUGCAGAAAAGGGUUUUUAGAAAAUUACAUUGUUUGUUUUUAUUAUUGUUGCAAAAAAAGAGAUAAAAUCUUGGCAUCUUUGAAUUUACACUGCUUAAAGUUACCAAACAGAAUGGGCAGUAGAAUCCUAUUUUUACAGUGUUUAUAUGUAUAAAUGUACAUGUGUAUAUAUGUAUAAAGAUUAAAGAAUAUAACAAUAGGCUAAUAUUUGGGUAUGAUGAAAAUAAUAUAAUUUUUAUUCAACUGUUUUUUCCAUGAUAAGUGUAUAUUAUGUAUAAGAUAUGAAGAACACCAAUCUUUCUUCUUUUUUAAAAAAAAAAAGAAUGGCUGGGUGCAGUGGCUCAUGCCUGUAAUCUCAGCACUUUGGGAGGCCGAGGCGGGUGGAUCACCUGAGGUCGGGAGUUCGAGACCAGCCUGACCAACAUGGAGAAACCCCGUCUCUAACAAAAAUGCAAAAUUAGCCAGGUGUGGUGGCGCAUGUGCCUAAUCCCAGCUACUCGGGAGGUUGAGACAGGAGAAUCGCUUGAACCCGGGAGGCAGAGAUUGUGGUGAGCUGAGAUUGCGCCAUUGCACUCCAGCCUGGGCAACAAGAGCGAAACUCCACCUCAAUAAAUAAAUAAAUAAAUAAAAAGAAAAAAGAAAAAGCCCUUGUUUCAAUUGGGCACAUACUAAAGGUCGGUUUUCUAGUAUAGGAAAACAAGAAAAUGAUCCUUUUGAAUGGGACUAUUAUUUUUACUUUGUGAUUUCAGCUUUUACGUUGGACUCAAUAAACUAAAAAAAGGCAAACUGAAA